CCCCAGUCCGCAUGCUCUGCGGCCGCGGCCGGCGGGCGGCGAGUGGACGCUGGCUGCGUGUCCGGGGGCUGCGGUGGCGGCAGCCACGGCACCUGACGCGGCCCCGCGUGUGCACGCGCCCCCGCUCCGGGGUCGCCGCCUGGGCCAGCGCUGGGCGGGCCCGCACCUUUCGAUGCUGCCAGACCUGGGGCUGCGGAGCCGGCCUGUUGGCUCCCGCGAUGGCGGCGGAAGAGGAGACUGCGGUGAGAGGUAAAGUGUUGCUAGAAGACAACCAGUGCAUUGCUUCCAUGGUUUCCAAUUAUAUGAGCCCGUGGACAAAACCAACAACUGCCCUCGGAUCCUUCAGCCCACAUGUGACAGAAUUUCCAAGAAAACGAAAAGGAAGUGAUUCGGAUCCAUCCCAAAUGGAAGAUGGUGAACAACAAGUAAAAAUGAAGUCCUUCAGAGAAGCUCAUAGUCAAACUGAGAAACGGAGGAGAGAUAAAAUGAAUACCCUGAUUGAAGAGCUGUCAGCCAUGAUCCCUCAGUGUAAGCCCGUGGCCCGAAAACUGGACAAACUUACAGUUUUAAGAAUGGCUGUUCAACACUUGAAAUCUUUAAAAGGUAUGACAAAUUUUUAUGCAGGAGAUAAUUAUCGACCUUCUUUUAUUCAGGAAGAUGAGCUCAGGCACUUACUCCUUAAGGCUAGUUUGACUGGACAAAGCUUAUUUGACUUCUUACAUCCAAAAGAUGUUGCCAAAGUAAAGGAACAACUGUCUUCUUCUGAUAUUUCACCAAGAGAGAAGCUAAUAGAUUCCAAAACUGGUUUGCAAGUUCAGAGUAAUUUCUACACUGGAAGGACUCGUGUGUGUUCUGGCUCAAGACGAUCCUUUUUCUGUCGGGUAAAGAGUUGUAAAAUCUCUGUCAAAGAAGAGCCUGAGUGCUUACUCAACUCAAAGAAGAAAGAUCAUAGAAAAUUUUGUACUAUCCACUGCACUGGUUACCUGCGAAGCUGGCCUCCAGAUAUUCUUGGAAUGGAAGAGGAAACGGACAAUAAAAAAGACAGUAAUUUUACCUGCCUUAUUGCCAUUGGAAGGUUACAUCCGUAUACUGUCCCACAGAGCAGUGGACAGAUUAAAGUGAAACCAACUGAAUUUAUAACCCGUUUCGCAAUGAAUGGAAAAUUUGUCUACGUGGAUCAAAGGACAACAGCAAUUUUAGGGUAUCUGCCUCAGGAACUUUUGGGAACUUCUUGCUAUGAAUAUUUUCAUCAAGAUGACCAUAGUAAUUUGACUGACAAGCACAAAGCAGUUCUACAGAGUAAAGAGAAAAUAUUUACAGAUUCAUACAAAUUCAGAGCGAAAGAUGGCUCUUUCGUAACUUUAAAAAGCCAGUGGUUUAGUUUCACAAAUCCUUGGACCAAAGAACUGGAAUAUAUUGUGUCUGUCAACACUUUAGUUUUGGGGCAUAGUGAGACUGGCGAAGCAUCAUUACUUCCUUGCAGCUCUCAAUCAUUAGAAGAAUCCUCCAGACAGUCUUGUGUCAGUGUGCCUGGAAUGUCUGCUGGAACAGUACUUGGUGCUGGUAGUAUCGGAACAGAUAUUGCAAAUGAGGUUCUGGACUUGCAAAGGUUACAAUCUUCUUCAUCCAUUGGUGAUUCAAGUCCAUCAGAUUUAAUGAAAGAUAUUCACGCUAUAAACUGCAGGAAUAUGUCAAAUAAGGAGUUGAUUCCACUAAGUCCUUCUGAAAUAAAGGGGCUAGAAGCUACAGUGCAAAAACACAGCGCUGUUGCUCCCCACAGUCACGAACCAUUCCUAGGUGAUGGUGCCCUGUUAGAUUUUGAUGCCCUGUGUGACAAUGAUGACACAGCCAUAGCUGCCUUCAUGAAUUACUUAGAAGCAGAGGGGGGUCUGGGAGACCCUGGGGACUUCAGUAACAUCUCCUGGACACUCUAGUGUUUGAUUUUUAAAUCCAAAAAUGAGAAAUGUUUUAAAAGCAUUUCAUUUAAAAAGAACUGUAUAUUCUUCUGUACUGUAUUGAUACUGUUUUUAUCCUUCAUUCCUAUUAAUGGUCUACCAAUUUUUAUAGAUUUGUACCUUAUUUUCACAGCGCUAUGAGGAAAUGUGAUGUUUACCUUCAAAUAGAACUUCUCAGAGUUUCCUACAGACUCCUUUUCUCAGUGAACUGGCUUUAAAUCCACUAGUUGAUAUUUUUUGCUAAAAUAUGGCUAACCAAGGGUAUCACAUAUAUCAUGCUUUGGUUUUGUUUUUAUAUUUUGAUGCAGUUUUUUUGAGUUUGGGAAAUUUAAUAUAUUGACAUUUUUCCUUGUGUCUAAGAUUCAUGUAAAAUUAACUUAUAGUAGAUUUCUAUAAUUUGGAACAUUUCCAUUUCUUGUGUAUUUCCUUAAUUGAGUAUAGGGCUUACACACUUUUUAAGAAAAUGGUGAGUACUUGGACAUUUAAAGGGACAAUGCAGUUUAUAGUCAUGAUCACAUUGAAUACUGCAUUUGGUCUUUGUAGACUUGAGCAAGCACAAGGCCAGGAUAUGUAGGCCCAGUUGAGCACUUUGAGAUGGAUUUUAAAUGAGAUGCUUUUUUUUUUUUUUUUUUAAUUCAGAAAAAGAAAAGUUGAGAGAGUUUCAAAUUUGCUUACAGAAAAGGAAAGGUUUUGGGCCCUAGAUCUUGGUGAGUAACUUUUGCAUAUAUACAGAGGGUGCCAAAAAAAUGUAUACACAUUUUAAGAAAGG